UCCAAAACCAAUCUCCACUCUUCUCUCCAAUUCGGUCAUUCCUUUCUUUGAUGUUGUAUACAUACAUACAUAGAUAGAUAUCAUCUCCUUCAUUGCCACACGCAAAUACCUUCUUCGUCUGUCACCAUUUUCCGUUUUCCCUUUCCAGAAAUACGGCACGCAAACCGAGAAACCCACCCGCCCAGCCCACACGCCAUCCUGUAUCUGCCCACCACACGCCCCGUCCCACGCCCACACCCGCGCCUUACCUACCACAUCAUCAUUUUUCGAUGAGAUAUUGAGAGUUUGAAACACACGCCCCGGCUAAUCAUGUAUAUAAGCUCCUACUCUUCUUACUCGGCCGCCACUUCACUCUUGCGAGGCUCCUCGUCCGCAUUGUGCCGCUCGCGUCUCUUCUCUUCCGCUUCUCCGCUCUACAGAACCUACCAGAGCCCCUCGUUUCGCCAGCAGCCGUAUCGGUCGUUGAGCUUCUCGUCUGCUCUGCGAUCGAUCCGUUCCUCCGUGCCCCGCUGGAGUCACGGCGUUGAUUGGAAGUCACCUGCUAUCCCUGCCUCUCAGAUCAGGAUCGCCUCUCCCGUUUUGAGCGAUUUCCAUCGGAAGAUCGCUACUAUGGCAUCUGAGAAUCCGUUCAAGGGAAUCCUUACCUGUCUCCCCAAGCCAGGAGGGGGUGAAUUCGGAAAGUUCUAUAGCCUUCCUGCUCUCAAUGAUCCACGGAUUGAUAAGCUGCCAUACUCUAUUAGGAUACUUCUUGAAUCAGCAAUUCGUAAUUGCGACAACUUUCAAGUGAAGAAGGAAGAUGUUGAUAAGAUCAUUGACUGGGAAAACUCUGCUCCUAAGCUGGUUGAGAUACCAUUCAAACCAGCCCGUGUGUUAUUGCAAGACUUUACUGGUGUCCCAGCAGUGGUGGACCUUGCUUGCAUGCGAGAUGCUAUGAACAACCUUGGCAGUGAUUCUGACAAGAUCAACCCCCUGGUUCCUGUAGAUCUAGUUAUUGAUCACUCAGUUCAAGUUGAUGUUGCAAGGUCAGAAAAUGCAGUCCAAGCUAAUAUGCAGCUUGAAUUCCAGAGAAACAAGGAAAGAUUUGCCUUUCUUAAAUGGGGAUCUAAUGCUUUCCGCAACAUGCUUGUUGUCCCACCUGGUUCUGGAAUUGUCCAUCAGGUGAACCUUGAGUAUCUUGGACGGGUUGUGUUCAACACUGAUGGCAUACUUUAUCCAGAUAGUGUGGUUGGAACAGAUUCCCAUACCACUAUGAUUGAUGGCCUAGGAGUUGCUGGCUGGGGUGUAGGAGGUAUCGAAGCGGAAGCAGCAAUGCUUGGUCAGCCAAUGAGUAUGGUGUUGCCUGGAGUUGUUGGGUUCAAGUUAGCAGGGAAAUUGCGCAAUGGUGUCACAGCGACAGAUUUAGUUUUAACUGUGACACAAAUGCUGAGGAAGCAUGGUGUUGUUGGAAAGUUCGUUGAAUUCCAUGGUGAUGGUGUGGGUGAACUAUCAUUAGCUGACAGAGCAACCAUUGCUAACAUGUCUCCUGAAUAUGGUGCAACUAUGGGAUUCUUCCCUGUAGAUCAUGUUACUUUGCAAUAUCUUAAAUUGACUGGGAGAAGUGAUGAGACUGUGGCGAUGAUUGAGGCUUAUCUUCGUGCAAAUAACAUGUUUGUUGACUAUAAUGAGCCUCAACAAGAAAGAGUGUAUUCGUCUUCCUUGCAACUGGACCUUGAAGAUGUUGAACCAUGUUUGUCAGGGCCAAAAAGACCACAUGAUCGUGUACCUCUCAAAGAGAUGAAGUCUGAUUGGCAUUCCUGCCUUGAUAACAAAGUGGGAUUCAAGGGUUUUGCUGUGCCUAAGGAGGCACAAGAAAAAGUGGCAAAGUUUUCUUUCCAUGGACAGCCUGCAGAACUCAAACAUGGUAGUGUUGUAAUUGCUGCCAUCACAAGUUGCACAAAUACAUCAAAUCCUAGUGUUAUGCUGGGAGCAGCACUUGUGGCUAAAAAGGCCUCUGAGUUGGGUCUACAUGUUAAACCAUGGGUUAAAACAAGCCUUGCCCCGGGAUCUGGAGUUGUUACAAAAUAUUUACUUCAAAGUGGGCUGCAGGAGUAUCUGAACCAGCAAGGUUUCCAUAUUGUUGGAUAUGGCUGCACUACCUGCAUUGGCAAUUCUGGUGACUUAGAUGAGUCAGUUUCUUCUGCUAUAUCUGACAAUGACAUUGUUGCAGCUGCUGUACUUUCUGGAAACCGUAAUUUUGAGGGCCGUGUUCAUCCCUUAACACGGGCUAACUACCUUGCUUCACCUCCUCUAGUGGUUGCCUAUGCACUUGCUGGCACGGUUGAUAUUGAUUUUGAGACACAGCCAAUUGGGGUAGGGAAGGAUGGUAAGGAUGUUUAUUUCAAAGAUAUCUGGCCAUCAACAGAGGAAAUUGCAGAGGCUGUUCAAUCAAGUGUAUUGCCAGAUAUGUUUAAGAGUACGUAUGAAGCUAUUACGAAAGGGAACCCUAUGUGGAAUCAGUUGUCAGUCCCAGAAGCCAAGUUGUACUCAUGGGAACCAAGUUCUACAUACAUUCAUGAGCCACCAUAUUUCAAAGGCAUGACCAUGGACCCUCCAGGGCCUCAUGGAGUAAAGGAUGCCUAUUGCUUGUUGAAUUUUGGCGACAGUAUAACCACAGAUCACAUCUCCCCUGCUGGAAGCAUUCACAAGGAUAGUCCAGCUGCUAAGUUCCUCCUUGAGCGUGGGGUGGAUCGCAAGGACUUCAACUCUUAUGGCAGUCGGCGUGGCAAUGAUGAAAUUAUGGCAAGGGGAACUUUUGCCAAUAUCCGUCUGGUAAACAAACUGUUAAAUGGAGAAGUUGGCCCAAAGACAGUUCACAUCCCAACAGGAGAAAAACUCUAUGUGUUUGAUGCUGCAAUGAGAUACAAGUCUGCUGGGCAGGAUACCGUAAUCUUGGCUGGAGCAGAGUAUGGAAGUGGAAGCUCCAGAGAUUGGGCUGCCAAGGGACCAAUGUUGUUGGGAGUAAAAGCAGUAAUUGCUAAAAGCUUUGAGAGGAUACACCGCAGUAACCUGGUUGGAAUGGGCAUUAUUCCUUUAUGUUUCAAGGCUGGAGAAGAUGCAGACACACUUGGAUUAACAGGCCAUGAGCGUUACACCAUUGAUCUCCCCAGCAAAAUUAGUGAGAUUCGCCCUGGACAGGAUGUUACUGUUCAAACUGACACAGGAAAAUGUUUCACAUGCAUUGCUCGGUUUGAUACUGAGGUGGAGUUGGCCUAUUUCAACCAUGGAGGCAUUCUUCCAUAUGUUAUUCGUCAAUUGACCAAGCAAUGAGCAACUGCAUUUAUUGGUACAAUUGUCGGCUGGUGGAUAUUGCAGUUGUAGUGGUGUACCUGUUUAAUUGGGAACGGAAUAAAUGGCCAUGCAAUUGUAUUUCCACUCUUAUUAGAGAGGGUAUCUUCCAGUAACAUCGGCAGAGUUAAAUUAUUGGCAAUGAGUAGAGGAUGUCAUUUUUUCUAAUAAUCUUGUAUUCACAUUUCCUUCAGACGUGAUUCUCUGCUCUCUUUAACGCAGCGAAGAUUAACUAGCCUUCAGCGAUGACAUUUUGAUAUCUCAAACUAUGCUAGAAACAUGAAGUUUAAAUAUUUGCAGUUAAAAAAAAAAAGUUUUAUCCCCUUGGGUGUUGGGGUUGUAUUGUGGUAUUGGUAUCAAGUGAUAAUGGUAAUGAUACAAAUUUUACCAAAUAUCUAGCAGUGGUUUUCAGUUCA